GGGACAGCCAGCCCCGAGGGGAACGGACAGACAGGGGGCAAACAGCCCCAGGGCGGGAACGGACAGACGGACCGAGGACAGCCAGCCCCAGUGGGGACACGACACGGGACACCCAGCCUCGAGGGGACACAGGGGACAGCUAGACGGGGAGACAGGCGACCACGAGGGGCGCGGGCAGCUGGGGGCUUGCACAGGAGGUCAGGGGUGACACGGGGACAAACAGCCUAAGGCAGGGUCAGACGGACAAGGUGACAAGGUGGGGGAACACCUCCGUCCCCAUCCCCAGACACGCGCAUCCCCGGGACAGGCGAACGGAGGGGGAGACCCCCGGGAGGCAGCUCCUGAGGGAGGGCAGAGCCCGACCCGGCGGCUCCUCCUCCGGCACCGUCCCCGGCCGGGGAUGCAGCACGGAGGCGGCGGGAGCCACGUGUCGAGCCUUCGGGCACGGCGUCCCGAAACCCACCCGGAGCUGCGUAUUCCCAAAGGGAUUUGAAGCCGGGCCAAGUGGCGAUGGAAAUGUCAUUGUCACAGCACGGGGACCCAGCGGAGUAGACGCUGAGGCAGAGGGAAGGGAGUGGGACGCUGCUGCCAGAGAGCUCUGCCGAGUGGGAAGACCCCCAAAAGCCAGCACAGCCCUGGGUGGAGGGGACAGUGGGAGGACUGUGGGGCUCAUCCACGCUCCCACGGGCCGUAAAGGGUAAUCCUUGGGGGUCAGGAGCCAUCGUCCCACCUCCCGCUUCAGGUCUGGGACAUCAGCCUUUCAACCGGACGGACUCUGACACCCGUCUGAGCCCGAUGAGGAGCCGGGGCCGUGCAUGAACCUAUGCAGACCAGGAAGAAAUACAUUUUCCUGACUUUCCUUGCCUCUUGGCUCCUGCUUUUCUUCUUUGGAGGGGACCAGCUGCGCCGUUUCGCUUUCUUUCCCGGGAGGAAAGCCGAAGCCCAGAGGAAUUGGCCCCGCUGGACGGAUCGGUCCCUCCUCAAAAGCUUUGCAGACCCCGAGGAGCUGCGUGAUGGGGACCCCUCGUUGCCAAUCGCCCGGGAGCGGCGGGCAGCAAGGCUGAGUGUCUAUAAGAACAGCAGGUGCCGGAUGGAAACCUGCUUCGACCUCUCCAGGUGUGAGAGAAAUGGCUUCAAAGUCUUCACCUACCCCCGGGAGCGGGACCAGCCCCUCUCGGAGAGUUACAGCAAAAUCCUCAGCUCCGUGGAACGCUCUCGUUACUACACCCCCAAGCCUGAGGAAGCUUGCCUCUUCAUCCUCAGCAUUGACACUCUGGACCGGGACCAUCUCUCGGGUCAGUACGUCCGUAACGUCGAUGAGAAAAUCCGCAGUUUCCCACUCUGGAAUGGUGGUAGGAACCACCUCAUCUUCAACCUCUACUCGGGGACCUGGCAUUACACCGAGGACCUGGGUUUUGACAUUGGCCAAGCCAUCCUGGCCAAAGCCAGCUUCUACACAGAGAACUUCAGGCCUGGUUUUGAAAUCUCCAUUCCUCUCUUCUCCAAGGACCACCCGCAGCGUGGCGGGAGAAGGGGUGGUUGUACCAGGACUCAAUCCCCCCCAAAAAGAAUAUUUAUUGGUGUUCAAUGGGGAAGAGGUUACCUGACCGGCAUCGGCUCCGGCACCAGGAACGCCCUGCACCACAUCCACAACGGGAAGGACAUCAUCUCCCUCACCACUGCAAAGCAUGGCAAGGACUGGGAGAAGCACAAGGACACACGCUGUGACAAGGACAACGUCGACUAUGAAAAGUUCGACUACCAGGAGCUGCUGCACAACUCCACCUUCUGCAUCGUGCCCCGAGGCCGGCGUUUGGGCUCCUUUCGCUUCCUGGAGGCCCUGCAGGCUGCCUGCAUCCCGGUGCUGCUGAGCGAUGGGUGGGAGCUGCCCUUUGCCGAGGCCAUCGACUGGGGCAAAGCUGCCGUGGUGGGCAGUGAGAAGCUGCUGCUGCAGAUCCCCUCGGCUGUUCGCUGCAUCCACCCAGAGCGUGUGCUGGCGUUCCAGCAGCAGACCCAGUUCCUGUGGGACGCCUACUUCUCCUCUGUCGAUAAAAUCGUCCAUACGACGCUGGAAAUCAUCAAGGACCGGCUGCUCCCGCACCGCUCCCGCUCCCGCUUCCUCUGGAACUCGCUGCCCGGGGGGCUCCUGGCCCUGCCCGACUUCUCCACCCACCCAGGGGACUUUCCCUUCUACUACCUGCAGCACGGCUCCAGCCCCUCUGAGAAGUUCACAGCUUUCAUCCGGGCCGUCUCACCGGUGGGAUCCCCUUCCCAGCCCAUUCUCAGGCUCAUCCAGGCUGUCUCUGCAUCCCAGUACUGCGCCCAGGUCCUGGUGCUGUGGGACUGUGAGAAGCCACCACCACCCAGCGGGAGAUGGCCCCAAACCCCCGUGCCUCUGACCAUCAUCCAGGGCAGUGGGAAGCUCAGCGACCGCUUCUUCCCCUACGCUGCCAUCCAGACGGACGCCGUGCUGAGCCUGGAUGAGCACAGCAGCCUCUCCACCAGUGAGGUGGAUUUUGCUUUCAUGGUGUGGCGCAGCUUCCCUGAGCGCAUCGUGGGCUUCCCCUCGUGCAGCCACUUCUGGGACCCUGAGCAGAGGUGCUGGGGUUACACCUCCCAAUGGACCAACGAGUUCUCCAUCAUCCUCACCACGGCCGCCUUCUAUCACAGGUAUUAUCACAGCCUCUUCACCCAGUACCUGCCGGCGGGGCUGCGGGAGCUGGUGGGUGGCCUUGCUGCCUGUGAGGACAUCCUGAUGAACGUCCUGGUGGCUGCUGUCACCAAGCUGCCACCCAUCAAAGUCACCCAACGCAAGCAGCACAAGGAGAGCGUGUCCCAGCAGCGACAGGAUUGCCUCAACCAGCUGGUGGACUGGUUUGGUUACAUGCCCCUCGUCUCCUCCCAACUCCGCCUGGACCCCGUCCUCUUCAAGGACCAGGUCUCCGUCCUGCGCAAGAAAUACCCACGCUUGGAAAAGCCCUGAGGGCUGCUGGGGAGCCGGGUCGGGGACAGCCCCGGGGGCUCCGCUCACCGUGCACGGAGCCCUCCCGGGAGCAGGCAGUCGGCUGAUGGGGUUUUACUCCUUGCCACGUUUUACUCCUUGCCACGUUUUACUCCUUGUCAGGUUUUACUUGCUGUCGGGUUUUACUCGCUGUCGGGUUUCACUCAUUAUCAGGUUUUACUCCUUGUCAGGUUUUACCCCUUGUCGAGUUUUACUCGCUGUCGGGUUUUACUUAUUGCCGGGUUCUAUCAGUGCAAUAAAGAUGUGUGGAGAGGCAGA